UAGAAAAGCAUUGAAUCUAUUCCAAGGAAACAGGAGAAAUUAAAAAUUAAAGAAGAAAGUGGCCCUUUCCAUAAUAUUUUCCUCAAAUUAAUUGUUGAAUCGAUCUCUCUACUAUUGCAUCAAUGGCUGUCUCGGUUUCAGACAGAAGCAGCCAUUCUUCUUCUUCUCUGAUCCCCAGCUUCCUCUACUCCUCCUCUUCCUCUUCUUUGUCGUCUUUGUCAUCAGGUUCUUCAGGUCAGAACUUUAUGAUUCGUUCUCCGAAGGAACCUUCCGGAAGACGAAUUGAGAUGUUCUCGCCGGCGUAUUAUGCUGCUUGCACCGUCGGGGGAGCCCUCUGCUGUGGCCUCACUCACACGGCUGUUACGCCUCUUGACCUUGUCAAAUGUAACAUGCAGAUUGACCCUGCUAAGUACAAGAGCAUCUCUUCUGGAUUCGGAGUUUUGUAUAGGGAACAAGGGCUUAGGGGAUUUUUCAGGGGAUGGGCACCUACCCUUCUUGGAUACCAUGCCCAAGGUGCCUUCAAAUAUGGACUCUAUGAGUACUUCAAGAAAUACUAUUCUGAUCUUGCUGGCCCUGAGUUUGCAACUAAGUAUAAGACCCUCAUCUACCUUGCCGGUUCGGCGUCUUCCGAGUCCAUUGCUGGCCUUGCACUCUGUCCGUUUGAGGCCGUCAAGGUUCGAGUUCAGACUCAGCCUGGCUUCGCCAGAGGACUCUCCGAUGGCCUGCCUAAGUUGGUCAGAGCGGAAGGAGUCUCAGGGCUGUACAAGGGACUUGUACCUCUGUGGGGACGGCAGAUUCCAUAUACAAUGAUGAAGUUUGCUUCAUACGAGAACACAGUGGAGAUGAUAUAUAAGCAUAUGAUUCCCACAACAAAGGAAGAAAGCAGUAAAAUGGUGCAACUUGGUGUGAGCUUUGCAGGUGGAUACAUAGCUGGAAUAUUAUGUGCUCUUGUCUCUCAUCCUGCUGACAACCUUGUCUCUUUCCUCAACAAUUCUAAAGGGGCAACUGUUGCUGAUGCUGUUAAUAGGCUUGGAUUAUGGGGACUAGCAACCCGUGGUCUGCCUCUUCGUAUAUUUAUGAUUGGAACACUCACAGGAUCUCAAUGGCUCAUUUAUGAUUCAUUCAAAGUUGCUGUUGGCCUGCCAACUACCGGUGGUGCUGCUCCUGCCACUACUACUACUCUUGCUUCCGAUUCUACAUCUCAGAGGGAAAACACUAUAGAAGUUGCUUGAUUGCAAACAUUAUAAAAAUUAAAAAUCAAUAAUUAUUGUUGGAUUUGUUAGGAGCAUUAGUUUUUUUUUCUUUCAAAGAUAAGUGAUUUUAUUCAUUUCAAGAAAAAGAAUGGAGGUGUCCAAGCUUCGGAAUAAAGAAAGAAAAGAGGGGAACUCCCAAUUUCUGAGCCAAUAAUAUCAUUAGUUACCUCCUAAAUUUUAUUCAUAAUUCAUAACUGUUCAUUAACUAUUUUGUAUACUUUCUUUAUUUCAUAGUA